AUGGCGAACCUUCUAGUGCUCACUCGAAAGGUCGAGGCUCUUGAUUUGCAAUCGAGGCCUGCCGCCAUAGGUGUCAUUCUAUCGCUCCUUAUUGUUUUAUACCUAUCGAUCACAAGGUUCAUGACAUGGCGUCGACUGUCAGCCUUCCCCGGCCCGUUCCUGGCCUCCAUAUCAUAUCUUCCCAUGCUACGGAUCCGUCGCUCCGGGAAAUCUCACCUCGACUACUUUGCGCUUUCUAAACAAUACGGCUCCCUGGUCAGAAUUGGUCCCAAUGACCUCCUCGCAUCAAGCCCAGACCACCUUCGCCGGAUGUCGGCAGCACGGUCGACCUACCAGCGAAGCAGCUGGUACAAGGCCACCAGACUCGACCCAUACCAUGACAUGAUGGGCAGCAUCAUGGACAAGCAUGCCCACAUGUCCCUCCGGGGCAAAUUGGCUGCUGGGUACAUGGGCAAAGACAACCCAGGCCUCGAGUCUGACAUCGACUCUCAGGUCCAAUCUUUGGUCGGUUUGAUCAAGCGGGAGUAUUUGUCUGACGAGUCAGCUAAGCCAGUCGACUUCGGAAGACUGGCAGACUUCUAUGCUCAUGACUCCAAGUCCAAGCUCGCGUUCGGCAAGCCACUGGGCCUCCUUGAGACAAACACGGACGUUCGUGGCAUCAUUGCCAUCGUCAAGCUGGCUCUGGAAUGGAUCCAGGUGUUCACAGAUAUCCCGCCUCUCCAGAAGAUCUUCCUCUCGAACACAAUGCUCAAGCUUCUCGGCCCCAAGCCAACAGACAGCUGGGGUGUUGGAUACCUUAUGGGAAUGGCCCGGGAAUUGGUCUCCAGUCGUCUCGAGCCAGAUGCCAAGGACCAACAAGACCUCCUGGGAUCGUUCCUGAAGCAUGGAUUGGACCGGCGCUCGGCAGAAUCCGAGGUCAUGUUCCCGAUCAUCGCAGGCUCAGACACAACGGCCAACGCGAUCAAGAUGACGGUAUCACACAUCGCUUCCAACCCUAGGGUUGCCUCCAAGCUCAAGAACGAGAUCGACCAGGCGAUUGCCGACGGUACAAUUUCCAAGCCCUCAACAAACGAGGAAGCGAAAAAGCUCCCAUACCUUGAAGCUGUCAUCUACGAGGGGCUCAGGGUCCACCCUCCCUUUGGCGGCCUCAUCAUGAAGCAGGUCGGCCCUGAAGGCGACACAUUCAACGGCCAGUUCAUCCCUCCGGGGACAAGGAUCGGACACAGCACCUGGGCCGUGGCGCACGAGGUGUCCGUCUUCGGCGCCGACUCCAACGUCUUCAGGCCGGAGCGCUGGAUCGAGGCCGACGAGAAGACCAGGGGCAUUAUGAAGAAGCAGACGGACCUCGUAUUCGGCAGUGGAAGAUGGGGUUGCCCCGGAAAGCAUGUCGCCUUCAUUGAGUUGAACAAAGUCCUUGUUGAGCUGUUCCGAAACUUUGAUUUCCAAUUCACCAACGACCCUACCUCGAUGAAGAACUACCAAAAGCUCUUCAUGGGUGGCUCGCUACCAAUGAGUGUAACGACUCGAACUGCUUAA